GGAGCAGCCGGAUUUGGAAAACAUAAGUUGUGCGGUCUGUAGGCGUUAGGGAUGCAUUUUAUAAGGAAGAGAGAAAAGGUGACAAUCAUGUGACGUAUUAAGAAGGCGAACAUAUUAAUAUGAACUGAAUUGACAAAACCAAGCAAGAGGCUUCAGGGGUGAAACAUGGGACCGAUAAAUCCAUGGAAAUUCGACGUGUAUUGUACUUAAGAGCGUUUGUGUUUUGUGCAGGACGAAGCUAGCUACAUUGCUAGCUAGGAAAUGGCAUGUGAAUCUCCCUUUUUGGAACGUUACGUUUGUUACAUAUUUUUACUACUGAGUGUGACUGAAACAAAAUUUUGGCGUACUGCCGUUAGCGUUUUACUUAGAUUUUUUGCGAACGGAUCGACAGUAGACCUUUGUUGCUUUUAGAUCCCAUUUGAUUGUGUUUCCGCCGGCUGCUGUAUUGAUUUUGCUUUUAUCGUUACAUUUUUGAGAAGUCUACUGUCGAGUAGCUACGAGCAAAACAGGUUUUACCUUUUUCAUCGGACUGAAGGGACGUGUUGGGAAUCGAUCGCUUCGCUUGACGGCGAUGUUGAGGAGAAACGUUUCAUUUUAAGACAAGUCAAGCGCGAUACAAAUCCGCGAUGCGAUCUUCGUUGGCUCCAGGCAUUAAAUUUGUGACCUCUUUUUCAAGAGACAGCUGGUACAGAGGUUUCAUCCUCAUCCUCACCUUCCUCUUUUACACCAGUUAUCACCUCUCACGCAAGCCUAUCAGCAUUGUCAAGAGUGAGCUUCACCGAAACUGCUCCACUGUAAUUCGGCCAGUCGACUUUAAUGUGACCAACAAUGACACCUGGUGUGACUGGGCCCCCUUUGACCAGGACAACUACCAGAAGCUCUUUGGGGCGUUGGAUAACUCCUUCCUGGUGGCCUAUGCCAUUGGAAUGUUUUUCAGUGGGAUAUUUGGAGAGCGGCUGCCCCUGCGAUACUACCUCACCUGUGGGAUGCUCCUCAGUGGCUUCUUCACUGCCCUGUUUGGCCUGGGGUACUACUGGGACAUCCACUCCAUCUGGUACUAUGUCUUCGUCCAGGCGAUGAACGGGCUGGUCCAGACCACAGGCUGGCCGGCGGUGGUGGCGUGCGUUGGGAACUGGUUUGGGAAGGGGAAACGAGGGUUCAUCAUGGGGGUGUGGAACUCACACACUUCUGUGGGGAACAUCCUGGGCUCCCUGAUUGCCGGGGUCUUUGUGUCCUCAGCGUGGGGUUUGUCCUUUAUCGUUCCUGGGAUCAUCAUCGCUGCCACAGGGGUUCUCUGCUUCUUCUUCCUGGUGGAAAAGCCUGAAGAUGUGAACUGCAGCCUGCCUCAGCACCAUGAGAGUGGUGAACAGGAGCCCCUCCUCCAGAACUCUACCAGCACAGAGGAAAUCUUCAGCAGCCCUAGGGCAAUGACCCAGCAAGCCUCUGGAGAACACACAGAGGCAAUCAGCUUCUGCAGUGCUCUCCGAAUUCCUGGUGUGCUGGAGUUCUCCUUCUGUUUGCUGUUUGCCAAGCUGGUUAGCUACACGUUCCUGUACUGGCUUCCCCUUUACAUAGCUAAUGUCGCCCAUUUUGACUCCAAGGGAGCUGGGGACAUGUCAACGCUGUUUGACGUUGGAGGCAUCGUGGGGGGGAUCUUGGCGGGACUAGUGUCAGACUACACUGGGGGUAGAGCCACCACCUGCUGUGUUAUGCUGAUUGUGGCUGCACCAAUGUUGUUCCUGUACAACCACAUUGGACAGAAUGGCUUGGGCACUACAGUUGGUAUGCUGCUGCUGUGCGGUGCUUUGGUGAAUGGCCCAUAUGCCCUGAUCACUACUGCUGUCUCUGCUGACUUGGGAACUCACGAGAGCUUGAGAGGAAACUCCAGAGCACUGUCAACGGUAACUGCCAUUAUCGAUGGGACUGGGUCAGUAGGUGCUGCCCUUGGUCCUUUGCUGGCUGGUUUGAUUUCCCCCACAGGGUGGAAAAACGUCUUCUACAUGUUGAUCACAGCAGAUGUUCUUGCUUGCUUGCUGCUGUCCAGACUGGUGUUUAAGGAAGUCCGAGGCUGGUGUGGACACAGCACAAGGCAGAGAGGGUUCAAAGAAAUCUGAUAACCAAAAGAGACCCAAGGAGACACCCCCACCCCAUCGCAUGUAAAAUCAACAUGAUAAUGCAGAAAAAAGGGACCAGCGGCUGGUGUUGGAGUGAAUGGCCACAGAGAAAACAGCUGAAUAAUACCAUAGAACCAGACUUUCAUCCUUCAAGCCCACCAUGAAACAAAACAUCAAUGAUGCGGCACAGAGAUAAAAGGAGCCAGAAAGGAGGAGCGUCUCUGAUAUAACAGGGCGCCUGUGGGCUGAGCGGGCAGGGUGUUGGUCCCCUCCAGAUGACCUCAAAGCCCUGUUCAUUAACAUGCAGUGAUUGUUAUUAUUUUCACAGGCUAAUGCCUUUCUUUCUGAUUUCCCACUUUGUACCUCUUUUAUCAUUAAAAUUGCGCUCACUUAGUGCAUUUCCUGGCAUUAAUGGUGGCCCCGUUGCUGUGGUUACCAGAACAUAUUAUCCAGGUGGUCUCUUGUUUUGUUUUUCUGGUUGCUUUCGAGCAGGGUAGCUAGA